UUGCCUGAUAAAACAAGACACACAAUCAAGUCAGAUCUGUAAGGUUUUAGUGAGAAAUCAGUUACAAUUUUCUAUUACACAUUAACUUCUCAUUCAUUUUACAUUUUCUUUAUAAUGUCCUUUUCUUUUUAUCACUCAAACUCAGCCACCUCAGAUGAUCAACCAUUUCUGCUCUGUCUUUAUUCUUUCUGUUUCCUGCUUCUAAUGAUUUGUUUAAAGUGGGAUUAUUUUGUAACGAGUUUCUGGAUUAUUUAUGAUUUAAUUUUGCAUUCACACCCUAUUACAUUCACUCGUAAAUGAAAAUGGCUAAAAUUAAUUUAUCUGCCAUUUGUAGUAAUCAUCAUUCUUAUCUCAAAGUGAUUAAACUGUUAGUGGGAGUGGAUGCAAAUUAUACUUUGGUAUUCACUGCUGAUUUUCCAGGGCUCACUCUCUGUUACUUCUGUCUUUCUCUCCUUUUCCUUGUUCUGUAUUGGAUGGGAUGCUCCACUCUGCUCUCUGCCAUUCACAUUAGGAGCUUGAUGAGUUGGCUGAUGAUCGAAUGGCACUGGUGUCAGGAAUUAGUCUGGACCCUGAAGCUGCCAUUGGAGUCACCAAGAAACUGCCCCCCAAAUGGGUAGAGGGAGUUGAUGAGAUCCAAUAUGAAAUCACACGGGUUCGGCAGAAGAUGAAGGAACUGGCUUUGCUUCAUGACAAGCAUAUGAAUCGUCCCACGCUGGACGACAGUAGUGAAGAAGAGCAUGCCAUAGAAAUCACUACCCAGGAGAUCACACAGAUGUUUCACCGAUGCCAGCGAGCUGUGACGGGUUUGCAGUCUCGUUGUGGCCACUGCACCGAACAGGAGGAGAGACUAUUGAGAAAUGUGGUGUCGUCUCUGGCGCAGAGUCUGCAGGAGCUGUCCACCAAUUUCAGACACACACAAUCCAGCUACCUAAAACGUAUGAAGAAUCGUGAGGAGAGAUCAAAGCACUUUUUUGACUCAGGACCCUUAAUGGAGGAGGAUGAAGAUUUAGCUCUGUAUGACAAGGGGUUCACAGACGAUCAGCUGAUGCUGGUGGAGCAGAACACGGUCAUGGUUGAAGAGCGAGAGCGGGAGAUCCGACAGAUAGUGCAGUCCAUCUCAGACCUGAAUGAGAUUUUCCGGGAUUUAGCUGGAAUGGUGGUUGAACAGGGCACUGUUCUCGACCGAAUCGACUUCAAUGUGGAGCAGGCUUGUGUUAAAACAGAAGAUGGAUUGAAACAGUUACAAAAGGCGGAACAGUAUCAGAAGAAAAACAGAAAGAUGCUGGUCAUUUUGAUCCUAUUCAUCAUAGUCAUUGUUCUAAUUAUUAUUCUUUUUGGAACAAAGUUUUAAUCAUGCAUUCCUCUGGCUUGUGUUUUUCUGUGUGGGUGUUUGUUGUGCGUCUGUGUGGACAUGGACUUGGUCUUGGUCUUGGUUCUACUCAAAACAAAGCUGACUGCCUUUCAUACCCACCAGGAAACGACAAGAAGAACUCCACGUCUCUUUGCAGGUGUACUUUGGGCUAUGUGGAGGUAUUCUGUGGCUGAUUUUAAUGAAAGAAACAAUCAACAGUGUGUUUGAGCCGUGGCUAUUUUAUCAAGUGACUCGCUUCCAAAAAUCGCUCCAAGACUCUUUGACAGAGACAUAUCUGACAUAUCUGUGUCUUAACAUUAAAAAAACAACUCUAUGGUGUAUAAAAAUGGACCGCUGAUGUUAAAUUGCUGAGGCAGAGUGUUCUCUGUUUGAACUCGAAGCACGAAUUGUGAUGUUUAUUGUGUGAAGUUGCAUCAUUUCUGUUCAACAUUUUGUUUCUAUGAGCAAGGCCUGACAAGAACGAAUGUUUGUGAAGGAGAAACAUGCAGUGGAUCUUACUGUACUGCAAACAUUACACUUACAUACUGGCUCAGUAUUUUACUUUACCUUUGUAUUAGGGCGGUACCAGAUCUGAUUAGAAUAGUCGCUCAGUACCAAAAAUAUUCCUUUGGUUUAAGGACCACCAGUUUUUUGUUGUUGUUGUUUUUUUUUAAAUUCAUUUACCCCCCUACUUUAAUAAUAUUGAGGUCCCUGUUAUUCCACUGUUGGCCUGAGGAGGGUGUAGACAGCCAUGAGCAUCCUCCAAUUCAUCCUGUAAUUUUAAGAUCAUACCUGUGUCACACCUGCUGUAAGUGAUCAUUUUAAAACACUUGAUUGUUUUUUGUUUUCCAUGGUCCUUGGAUUAAGUGCUACCUUUUUUUAAUCUCUUGCAGUUUGCACAUUUUGAGGCCUGAGGGGGAGGGGGCGAGGUGGGUGUGGGUGGGUUGGGGUGUUAUGGAUAUAAUACUACUGUCAUCUUUAUGAUGAAAAGAAUUAUUUAUUUUUUAAUAACAAUUCAAAUAAUCCAGACAUUCAGAAGUGUUCUGUUUCAGGCAGAAUUACUGUAUAUUAAGUAAAGUGUAUCUGAAGUCUGAACCCAGCAGUUAUUGUCCACCCCACUGAGGAAACUGUGAUGUAGUCCAACACAAGCAGACAUAUGACGACAACAUAAUGAGGUUGUUUUAGUCUUUUUUUUUUGUUUGUUUGUUUGUUUUCCUUUUCAGAUUGGACAUGUUACUUUUUAAUUGUGUUGGAAAUUCUUUACAUGUUCUUGUGUUCUAUAAAGACUGAUAAGCUGAAAUGAUGAAGAGCUUUAUUCGACAUAUCUGUACGCUCCACUUUAUACACCUGUUAAAUCAUCUCUGUCAUUGAUGUGAAGUCAUGUGUGAAAAAUGGUUAUGUCCUAGUGGUACUCCAGUUAUGUUUUGUUUUUCCAAACAAAACGGGUGAGGAGACAGCAACUUGUUUGUUUUUUUAAAUAAACCUGAAACAUGAUG